UCCCAGUACACGUUCACACUUGUAGUCCCAGUACACGUUCACACCUGUAGUCCCAGCACACGUUCACACCUGUCUUCCUGUUUCCACAGUGUGUUUCCUCGGGAGCUGAAGGAGGUGUUUGCAUCGUGGAAGCAGCAGUGCAUCGCCCGCGGCCACCAGCAGGACAUCAGCAAGCGUCUGAUCAGCGCCUCGCUGUUCCUGCGCUUCCUGUGUCCCGCCAUCAUGUCGCCGUCGCUCUUCCACCUGAUGCAGGAAUAUCCCGACGACCGGACGUCCCGGACCCUCACGCUCAUCGCUAAGGUCAUCCAGAACCUCGCCAACUUCACCAAGUUUGGAAACAAAGAGGAGUACAUGGCCUUCAUGAACGACUUCCUGGAGCACGAGUGGGCGGGGAUGAUGCGUUUCCUGUCGGAGAUCUCGAACCCGGAGACGCUGUCCAACACGCCGGGCUUCGAGGGCUACAUCGACCUCGGCCGCGAGCUCUCCGUCCUGCACGCUCUGCUGUGGGAGGUCGUCUCUCAGCUCGACAAGGCCACCGUAGCGAAGCUGGGUCCGCUGCCGAGGAUUCUGGGAGAUAUCUCCCGCUGCCUGUCGGCUCCCACGCCCGUCCAGCAGCAGCUGAGACGCUUCCAGGAGCACAGCUCAGCCCACAACAUCAGCGGCAGCCUGUCGUCAGGGUUACAGCGGAUCUUUGAGGACCCGGCCGACAGCCGCAGCGACGCCCGCAGCCUUCGGUCUCCGGUGGGUGAUCUGAUGGAGGGUUUUGCUCGAGGUCAGCGCCCCCUGCUGGCUCAGCAGCAGCCCUCCACCCACACCAGCUUCUCCGACCAUGAGGAGCGAGACCACCUGCUGCCCAACGGACGCAGCAUCUCUCUGGUGGACCUGCAGGACGUCCAGAGCCUGCAGGGUCUGGUCGGGGCGGGCUCCCAGGCCUCCGGACACGCCCCCCUGCCCCUGCUCAACUACUCCAACCCGGCACCGCACCAGACCAGAGCCCCGCCCAGAGACGGGCAGACGCAGAGCGCGCCGCAGGCGAGGCGUCCGCUGCACCCGUCGCUCAGCCAGCAGCGCAGCCUGCUGCCGCUGUCCUUCCAGAACCCCGUGUACCACCUGAGUAACCCCGCCCACAGCCUGUCCACACGCUCCGCCCACUCGCUGCGCCAGGACUCCUCCUCUGAGAACCUGAGCACCGAGAGCAGCUCGCACAUCAGCCACAGCAUCUCCGACGACUUCGGCGGCAACCAGGUGGGGGUCAAAGGUCGCACGCCGUCCAACAGCAGCCUGGACGAGUUGGCCGGCAGGCGGAGCGCGCAGAGCGAGGAGUGCUCCGCGCCACCGCGGCGCCACGCCACGCCCGACCUCCCGGUGGCGGUCGCCGUCCCCCGACAGAGCACAACGGCGGGCACCGCCCACAUUGUCAAGGUGGAGCAGCAGAGCAGAGGAGGGGGCGGGGCCAGGACGCCGCGCUCUCUCCCUCACAGCGCCUCGCUGCGCAGCGGCGGCAGCGUUAACGCGGAGCCUUCGCCAACCCCCGGCCGCGCCGCACGCCAGCAGCCCGCCUGCUCUACGGAGAACACGGCUCCGCCCUCGAGGAGCGCCGCCAAGCAGCCACAGCAGGUGGCGUCUCCGGUGGAGGCGGUGGCCGUGGUCGUAGCGAUGUCUCCGGUGGAGAGGACGGCAGCCUGGGUGCUCAACAACGGCCAGUACGAGGAGGAAGAGGAGGAGGAGGAAGAGGAGGGAAAGGAGAGGAGCAAGGAGGAAGGAAAGAACACUGAGAAGUAUGAGCUGGAGAUCUCCCGGCUGAAGGAGCGUCUGCGGGUGUCUGCUCUGCGUCUGGAGGAGUACGAGCGUCGGCUGCUGGCUCAGGAGCAGCAGAUGCAGAAGCUGCUGCUGGAGUACAAACAGCGUCUGGAGGACAGCGAGGAGCGGCUGAGGAGGCAGCAGGAGGAGAAGGACGGCCAGAUGAAGAGCAUCAUCUGCAGGCUGAUGGCGGUGGAGGAGGAGCUUAAACGGGACCACGCAGAGAUGCAGGCCGUGAUUGAAGCCAAACAGAAGAUCAUUGACGCUCAGGUACAACAUCACACCUGUAUGAACCUUUACUCUGAAACAUGAGCUGGUUUCCUGUAUAGCAGCUUUAAGUACCUUUACUCUGAAACAUGAGCUGGUUUCCUGUAUAGCAGCUUUAAGUACCUUUAUUCUGAAACAUGAGCUGGUUUCCUGUAUAGCAGUUUUAAGUACCUUUACUCUGAAACAUGAGCUGGUUUCCUGUAUAGCAGCUUUAAGUACCUUUACUCUGAAACAUGAGCUGGUUUCCUGUUCAGCAGCUUUAAGUACCUUUAUUCUGAAACAUGAGCUGGUUUCCUGUUCAGCAGCUUUAAGUACCUUUAUUCUGAAACAUGAGCU